CCGCAAUGGGCCCUCGAGUGCCUGCCUUAUUGUAACACGAAGCAAUGCAGUGAGGCCGACCGCCAGCUGAGCCGGACUUGAAUCCAAGCCUCCCUUGCUGCCUAAGUCAAACGAUAAAAAAAGAAAAUUCUCCGUUAUCCUUUAGCAUUCUCCGUCAUCCUCGAGCAUUCUUCCUCACCUAGCUCCCAACUUCCGACUCACAACUUCCGACUCCCAACUUCCGACUCGUCAACCCCAAGAAUCAAAAUCAUAACGGCAUUUAACUCAAACGAUUAUGGCCACGAGGGCCGCGCAAGCCACAUCCAUGUCGCCGACCGAUCUCGCUGCCAACAAGGCAGUCGUCAUCAUCAACCACCCCACCGACCCGGCCGACGAAGAUGACGAGAAUACAAAGGCCAAAGAUGAUGCUGUCACCGUCGCCGACAUGCCCGCCGUAGACUUGCCAGCCCCCGCUGAAGGCGGCGGUGCUAGAGGUGGUGGCGACAACGGCAACGGUACCACUGUGAAUGGAGGCGGCGACGCGGGCGACAACCCGGACAAGCACUGGGUCUUUAGGAACCCCGGUGCAGCGGCAUGCCUGGCAGUCGCAGCCGGCAGCGUGGCCGUAGUUGCCGCUCCGGCGAUCGUCACGGCGCCUCUCCUCGUGACCGCCGGCUUUGGCCCCGGUGGCAUCAUAGGAGGAUCCAUCGCAGCCGCCGCCCAAGCGGCUCUCGGGAACGUGGCUACGGGGAGCUUUUUCGCCUGCCUCACGAGCGCUGGAAUGGGAGGCUACGGAGCAGCUGCCGUUGCCGGAGUCACCCAAGGCGUCGCGGCAGUGACGGCCGCCGGCGCCGGAGCUGCUGCCGUGAAACUGUCGAAACAGACGGCACAAGACGAUGGGGAUUCACCAGCAGCGGGAGCUUCGCCAGCCGUCGCGGCCGAGGAAGGUGGGAUUUCGACAACAACUAGAAUCUCAGCGGCGGCGGGAGCCUCAGUAGUAGCAGCUCUGCAGGCAUCAAAAAGGGCUGAGGCUUAGAGAGCUGCGGCCAGGAAAUCGAACCGGAGAUGCAAACUGUGAACUAUACUCGAAGACGGAAGGGCUUGUAUUUGAGGGCAAAGCGGGUGGUUGAUUUGACGAAACUGGGAGCCAAGUCUUGUGAAAUAUGGAAUGCUUUGUAGGAGCACGGUUUCACAUACGAGAUAAACAGUGACGGAUAUCUAUUCCUCUCCUUCCGCCUCUGUAGCAUGCCAGCCGGUCCAACCGACCCGUUUAGUGGAAGCUCUUCAAACUUUGGCUGUCAGCAGUGGGC